GGAAAACGGUCGACGAUAGUCAGCCAGCCACACGCAGCACGCGCUCGCUUGCCGCGUCUCUCGAAGCUGCGCCGAAUUCACUCGAACGCCCGAACUUCGACAAUUACGAGAGGAACGCGGCCAGAGUAUAAAUAGCGGGCACGGUCGGUCGAGUAAAUACGAGUCGGUGAGAGGUGGAAGAGGUGAUAAACAGAUAGAAAAUCGUUAUUUUAUUAAUAGAGUAGUCGCGUGUAUUCACACUCGACAGCGAUUAGGAUACAAUAUUGCGAAGAACGCUGGGAUAGGGGACACAUUGUGGACAGGAGGGGUGUUGAACGGCGCAGCAAGUUGAAUCUCCCGCCGUACGUAGCGCCAAUCGUCGAGCACCGGGGUCGUAGGUGCAUACCCGCCAAUCGUUCGUGAUGCUGCACACGAGGACCCUCGCUGUCGCCGUAGCAUCGCCACUGGUCGUCGAAAAUCUUUCUUCCUCGCGAUUAUUCCGCUUGGCCAGCAGCCAUGUUGCGUCCUCUAAUUGUCUCGGCAGACGUUCCAUUCACGAUCGCCCCAUAUCGCGGGAGGUCAUGCUCGAGAAUUACCAGAAGAUGCUCGAGAAAUAUAAAUCCAAAAAGCUACCCCAAGACGUGAACCCCAAGGGAGUAUUCGCGUGCAACGAGCUCGAUUUGAAGGAGGUCCAAGUGUACGGGUUCGAUUAUGAUUACACGUUGGCCUGUUACAAACCGUCGAUGGACUACCUGCUGUACAAUCUCGGUCGGGACAUGCUCAUCCAGAAAUACAAGUACCCCGAGGGAAUCACCGACCUCGAGUACAAGGAGAAUUUCGCCGUUCGCGGCCUCCAUUAUGACAUCGAAAAGGGUCUGCUGCUGAAACUCGACAGCUUCUUGCAAAUUCAAUUUGGCACCGUUUACCGCGGCCUGCAUCCGGUCCCCGACGACGAGGUCCUCAGGCUCUAUAAAAACAGGAUAAUACCGAUCGCCUACGUAGAGGCGCCGCACAAACACUCUCACAAAGAGGCCCUGCAUCGAACAAAAAUGGUUCAACUCGCCGAUUUAUUCUCUGUACCGGAAAUGGGGCUCCUGUGCAACGUCACGGAGUACUUCCUUCGAAAUCAUAUAGACUAUCACCCUGAAAUACUCUUCAGAGAUGUAAAGAACUCUGUAAAAAGUUGUCAUCCCAUAAUGCACAAUAUGGUGGUACAAAAUGUAUCAGAAUAUUUGGAACAGAAUAAGGAUUUGAAACAAUUCUUCGACCGACUUAAAAAAUCCAACAAAAAGAUGUUUUUAGUUACCAACAGUCCUUUCCAUUUUGUUGAUAUAGGAAUGAAAUUUUUGGUCGGCGACGACUGGAAAGAUUAUUUCGACGUGGUAAUAGUACAAGCGCGAAAACCGAAGUUCUUCACUGAAGAAACCCGGCCGCUCAGAAUCUACGACGAAGUCAAUAAAACUCAAUUAUGGGAUCGAGUCACGAAAAUCGAGAAAGGUGUAAUAUAUCUCGAAGGCACGGUUAAGCAACUGCAAGACAUGACCGGUUGGCGAGGACACCAAGUAUUAUAUUUCGGAGAUCAUCCCUAUAGUGACCUAGCGGAUGUAACUUUGGAACAUGGCUGGAGAACUGGUGCCAUAAUUAAAGAGUUAACUCACGAAAUAUGGACGCUAAACAAACCAAAAUUCAAGGAAAACGCUAAUUGGUUACAAAUGUUAACUGGUUUAAUCGAGGAACACCAAGAUUACGAGGGACCAGGUGUGCAAACGGUGCUCAACGAAUGGAUCAAAGAGAGGGAUGAAUUAAGAAACGAGAUAAAACGAGUUUUCAAUAAGCAAUUCGGCUCUGUGUUCAGAACAUAUCAUAAUCCCACUUAUUUUUCUAGAAGACUCUUCAGAUUUGCCGAUAUUUAUAUGAGUACGAUUACAAACUUGUUAGAAUAUUCAACCAGUCACACUUUUUAUCCAAGAAGAGGCGUAAUGCCUCAUGAAUACACCAGCUAUUUCGUGUAAUGUAUACAUCUACGUUCAAAAUCACAGUUAGGUGUGUUUGCCGUAUUUUAAAAAUUUGCUUACUCGUUAGAGCUUUCAGAGCAAAAUAUCAAAAGUGACCUGGACAAUAUACUCCAAAAAUGUUGCAAUCAUAGAAGUUAGAUGCUUAACUCCAGAAUUACUUUUGCAGAAUUUUACUUGUAAUUUGCUUGGAAAUUGAUUUAUAAUCCAACAUUAUAAUCCAACAAGAUAUCAUUUAAUAUAAAAAUUCUAUGAAACAAUAAUUUACGAAAUUUUUUAUGAAAAUCUUUAAAAUACUAAUUCCAAUAACUUUUCUUAAUUAAACAAAUAUAUGAUAUUUUAUAAUACAUUUGUAAAAUAUAUUCUGCCUUUCUUCCAUAAUAAUAUCUACAUUUCAUGCGCCAUCUAAUAUUUAAAAAUGAUUAAAAUUCCAAAAGUACUCCUGGCGUUAAUUCGCAUUUUCCUUUUAUGUAAAUAAGAAGAGAAUAUCAGACUGUUAAGAAUCAAAACAUAAGUUAAAGGACAAACGUAUAAAUUCAUUACAUUGUCCAAAUAUAUAUAGUGCAAUGCAUAAUUAUUUAGACGAAAUAAUUUACUUAAACUUACCGUUGCGUAUUGAUUGAUUGUCUUAUUGUCUCAUCAAUCAUUGCAAUUUAAAUUAUUAUGUGUAUUUACAUUGGAUAUAGUAAUAUUUUACAAAAAUAAUGCGGUAGAGGUCUCGAUGGUACAAAAUGAUAUAACUAAUGAUGCUUGAUGCCAAACUAUAUACAUAAAAUGAUUUGUAGAACAAUAGAAGUUAACUGCUUGUAGAACAUUUUAAAACUGUUGAGUUUCGUAUAUUUUAUUCUUUAUGGAUAUAUAUAUAUAUAUGUAUAUAUAUUUUAUUCAGGUACAAAAUUGAUCGUAUUAAACAUUAUAAAUGACAAAGUCUAUUAUCAAAGCGUAUGUAUGCAUACCAUACAUGAAAUAUCGCAAAAUGGACGUAUAAAACUUAUUCUAUUAUGUCCUUAUAAUAAAGUACAAUUUAGAAUAAAUAGGAUACAGAAGUUUAAGUUAAUAGGGUUAAUCCUUAUAACUGUGAUUAUACUUCCAUCGAGCUUACUUUUUCAUGUUAGUAUUUUCCGUUAUUAUACAAAAUAUAGUUAUACAGACAGCGUAAAUGACUUGUAGUAUAGUGGUAUACUGUCCAAAAAAGAAUCAUUGAGAUAUUGUGUAUGUAUUAAACAAUAUUAUAUUGAAGCUACCUGCACAGAAAAGGUUUUACUUAUUAUUUACCUUAUUAAAUUAGUAUAAUCUGUUUUACAUUCGUUUACCUUCCAUAAAUAGAAAUACAAUGCUUAUGCGGAUGUGUUCAAGAUAUACAUAAAUGGUUGUAAUAAUCAAUGAAAAUAAAUCUAGACAAUACU